CCAGGCCCCCCGUCCAGAGCCCUGACCCCUGACCCCUUGGAGCCUGAGGACUCUGCUCCCUGGGGCGGCUUCCAGCUCAGGCCGCCCCUGCCCGCAAUGGCCGUCCUCCCUCUGCUCCUCUGCCUGCUGCCGCUGGCCCCUGCCUCGUCUCCGGCGCAGCCAGCCACUCCCAGCCCGUGUCCCCGCCGCUGCCGCUGCCAGACACAGUCCCUGCCCCUCAGCGUGCUCUGCCCGGGGGCAGGCCUCCUGUUCGUGCCCCCCUCGCUGGACCGCCGGGCAGCCGAGCUGCGCCUGGCGGACAACUUCAUCGCGGCCGUGCGCCGCCGCGACCUGGCCAACAUGACCGGCCUGCUGCAUCUGAGCCUGUCACGUAACACCAUCCGCCAUGUGGCAGCCGGCGCCUUUGCUGACCUGCGCGCCUUGCGGGCCCUGCACCUGGACGGAAACCGGCUGACCUCGCUGGGCGAGGGUCAGCUGCGUGGCCUGGUCAACUUGCGCCACCUCAUCCUGAGCAACAACCAGCUGGCGGCCCUGGCGGCCGGCGCCCUGGACGACUGCGCCGAGACACUCGAGGAUCUCGACCUGUCCUACAACAACCUGGAGCAGCUGCCCUGGGAGGCCUUGGGCCGCCUGGGCAACGUCAAUACGUUGGGCCUCGACCACAACCUGCUGGCCUCCGUGCCUGCUGGUGCCUUUUCCCGCCUGCACAAGUUGGCACGGCUGGACAUGACCUCCAAUCGCCUGACCACCAUCCCGCCCGACCCGCUCUUCUCCCGCCUGCCGCUGCUGGCCAGGCCCCGCGGCUCCCCUGCCUCCGCCCUGGUGCUGGCCUUCGGCGGCAACCCCCUGCACUGCAACUGCGAGCUGGUGUGGCUGCGGCGGCUGGCCCGGGAGGACGACCUGGAGGCCUGCGCCUCCCCACCCGCUCUGGGCGGCCGCUACUUCUGGGCCGUGGGCGAGGAGGAAUUUGUGUGCGAGCCCCCCGUGGUGACUCACCGCUCGCCGCCACUGGCGGUGCCUGCGGGCCGGCCAGCUGCCCUGCGCUGCCGGGCAGUGGGGGACCCCGAGCCUCACGUGCGUUGGGUGUCACCCCAGGGCCGGCUGGUGGGCAAUUCGAGCCGUGCUCGUGCCUUCCCUAACGGGACGUUGGAGCUGCUGGUCACCGAGCCGGGCGAUGGUGGCACUUUCACCUGCAUUGCGGCCAAUGCGGCUGGUGAGGCCACCGCGGCUGUUGAGCUGACCGUGGGUCCCCCCCCACCUCCCCAGCUAGCCAACAGCACCAGCUGUGACCCCCCGCGGGACGGGGAUCCUGAUGCCCUCACCCCGCCCUCUGCUGCCUCCGCCUCCGCCUCCGCCAAGGCAGCUGACACUGGGCCCCCUACCGACCGUGGUGUCCAGGUGACUGAGCAUGGCGCCACAGCUGCUCUUGUCCAGUGGCCAGAUCAGAGGCCUAUCCCAGGCAUCCGCAUGUACCAGAUCCAGUACAACAGCUCAGCCGACGACAUCCUCGUCUACAGGAUGAUCCCUGCCGACAGCCGCUCUUUCUUGUUGUCGGACCUGGCGUCGGGCCGCACCUACGAUCUGUGCGUGCUGGCGGUGUACGAGGACGGCGCCACAGGGCUGACGGCCACGCGGCCCGUGGGCUGCGCCCGCUUCUCCACCGAACCGGCGCUGCGGCCCUGCGGGGCCCCGCACGCACCCUUCCUGGGUGGCACCAUGAUCAUCGCCCUUGGUGGAGUCAUCGUGGCCUCGGUACUGGUCUUCAUCUUCGUGCUGCUUAUGCGCUACAAGGUGCACGGCGGCCAGCCCCCCGGCAAGGCCAAGGCACCCGCACCCGUCAGCAGCGUUUGUUCGCAGACCAACGGCGCCCUGGGCCCCACACCGGCCCCGCCCGCCCCUGAGCCCGCGGCGCCCAGGGCCCACACUGUGGUCCAGCUGGACUGUGAGCCCUGGAGGCCCAGCCACGAACCCAUGGGACCCUAGCCUCUCGCCCACCUCUACGGCCGUUCUGGCCCCAGGGGUGGGAGGACCCAGGCACCCCAUGGGACCUGGCCUCAGACUCACCAAAUUGCUCACGGUUUUUAAAACUCUGAUGGGGAGGGUGUCGGGGGCACCGGGGCACAACAAGAAAGUCCUAUUUUUCUAAGCUUGGGCCUAGGCCCUUGCCCUUGUCUCUGUCUGUGGGGGUUGGGGGGGAUCAUGCAGGGGUCUGGAGUUGGGAAUGCCUCCUCUGGGGAGAGACCCCCACCCCACUCCAUUCUGUCUGAGGUUCCUGGAUGAGACUGAGGACGGUCAUCCAUUCAGUCGACAGAAUUCCGUGAGCAUGCCCCCUGGGUGUGCCCUGUGCUGGGUGAUGCUGCCAUGACCCAGAACGGCCCCAAUCCCUGCUCAGAGAGCAAUAGUUCAGAGUUAGCAGAGAUGUGGUGAUGAGGGAAGCCUAAGAUAUUGCGGGAGCCCAGGAAAGGUGCCUGACUCAGCCUAGGGUGUGGUCAGGGAGGCUUCCUGGAGGAAAGAUGAGAUCUGAGCAUGACAUCAGAAGGAGAUAAUUGGGCAAAGAGCAAAGGGAGAGCUGUCCCAGGCAGAGGGCCCAGCACAAGCAAGGAUUUAGGAAAUGCCAGACAUUGGGGGUACUGUGGUAGAGGUAAGGCAGGAGGGGUAGGCAGGGUCCAGGAUCUCCAGGCUGAGGAACUCAGCUCUGGUCUGAUAGUACUCGGGAGCCAUGGAGGAUUCUAUGCAAGGGAGGGACAGGGUCAGGAAUGGGCUUUAGGGAGCUCUUUCUAGCUGUCAUGAAGAGGAUGGACCAGAGGGGAAGACUGAAGCUGGGAGCCUGGGGGAAGCCAAGGCAGGGACCCAGGUGGCUAAGGACAAGACUGGACCGGGCAGGGCUGGGGGAAAGGAGUAGGGGAUAGGUGAGAGAGGAAGCUGAAUGGACAGAUUGUGGAGCUGAAGGGCUGUGGGGGAGGGAAGCGUCCAGGGUGAGGCCCAGGGCUCUGGCCAAGGGAGGGGACAGUGGAGCCACCUGAUACAGAAUCAGGAAGAAGGUACAGGUUUGGGGAAUAUGCUGAGGCCAAUGGGGGGACUUGGUGAAUGUGGGAGGCCCCAGAAGACUUUUCAAGGGGGUGGUGGCCAGGAGGUCUCAGGACCCUGGUCUGAGGCUGGAGCUGGGGACCGAAAAGAAGGCUAUGUCAGCAGAGAUGGAGAAUGAGGCCACUGGGGUGAUGAGACAGCCUCUGGGACUUUCCAUAUUUAAGGGACAGGCAAAGAAAAACCUAACAAAGACUAAAUAGGAACAGCAGAUGGAGGGACAGAGUGAAGCAAACCAGGCAAGUCAGACCCAAGUGACUAUUGUGUUUAAUGAUAUCAGGCCAUGGUGACCUCAGUGAGAGCGGUGUUAGGGGAUUGGUUGGGCAGGUGCCAGAUUCAGCUGAUUUGAGAGUAGGAGUAAAAAGUGUAGUUAGGGAGCAUAAACCCUGUGAUUCUGUGGACCUCGGACCUGGUUCAGGUUGAUCUGGACCUAUCAGCCCUGUGUCUCCGCAAGGCUGGUCCUCAUUCUGUCUUGGACUGCCUUGGGCCCCCCUCAGACACCAGACCUGGAGGUUUGGAAGACCAAACCCUGGGUUUUGGUAACACCAUGCCUCGUUGGAGAGCCAGGAAUGGGAUAGGCAGUAAGAGGAAUAGUGUUCCUUAACCCCAGGCCUCCUCUGGUGGUGGGUCCAGAGGCAGAGAAGAUGGAGGUAGGGGAGAGGGACUGAAGUGCUGUGAGUGUUUUCUGGAGUGAUGCUGAUGUGAGGAGCAUGGUGAAGAGGGCCCAAGACUGGACUGGCCAUUCUCAAGACCUGGUGCACAUGACCCUGUCCUCGUGGGAUAACAUCCUAGAUUCUGCAACAGUUUUCUUGGUGGGUGUAGGCUUUGAAAAUGAUCUUCCACCAGCCAUGGGAACAAUCUGAGUCCCAGGGACCUGGUCUGACUCCUGAGUCCCCCAGAAGCAUAAUGAGGUCCUUCUUGUUUGUUACCCUUGGUGGCUGAGGUCAGGUGAAGCUAUCGGUGAGUGAGGUGUCUUGGCCAAGGGGGCCUAGGGAGUGGGAAGAUUGGAGGUCUAGUGCCAACUACAAAAUACCCAGUUGCUGCCACGAGGGGGAGCCAGAGUGCACCAUUCCUCAACCCUUUUUUUUUUUUUAAAGAUUCAUAGUAUUUUAUUAUUUUUUAAACUUUUAUUUAUUUAUUGGACAGAGAGAGACACAGCAAGAGAGGGAACACAAGCAGGGGGAGUGGAGAGGGAGAAGGAGGCUUCCCGUGGAGCAGGAAGCCCGAUGCGGGGCUCGAUUCCAGGACCCUGGGAUCAUGACCUGAGCGGAAGGCAGACGCUUAACGACUGAGCCACCCAGGCGCCCCCCUCAACCCUUCUUUUUAAAUUUGAAUAAUUUAUUGUGUGCCUACUUGUGCAGCAUACUGGGAAUUCAGUACUGAGCAAAUUCAGGCGCAGGUCCUGCCCUCACAUAUCUCACCAUUUGGUGGGGAAACAUGUGAAAUCAUCACACAAGCCAGUGUAAAGCAUCUGUGGUGACGGCGAGGGGAGGGGCGGGGCAUGCAGGAGAGAUCCAUGGAAUCAUGAGACCCUAUAACCAGGAGACCUGACCCAGGAAUUGAGGUUGAGAGAGGCUUCCUGGAGGCAGUGACUACUCAGCUGAGAUCUGAAGGAUGCUCAGGUUGGAGUUAACUGCCCCGGGGGUGGAAAGGGCAUCCCAUGCAAAUGGAACAGCACGUGCAGAAGUGUAGGGGCUGGGGGGUGCAUGAUGAGUAACAGGGCCUGAAGGGGGCUGCUGAGGCAGGGUGAGGGAAGGAUGCUGUGUUGAGGCUGGAAAGUGGGAAGGGGGCAGAUAAUGCAGGACACUGUAGGCUGCCGGGAAGAAUCUGGGUUUUAUUAUAAGUGGCAUGAGAAGCCAUUGGAGGUUUUGAACAAGGAGGAGAAGCUUCUUUCUUCAGGAAGCUCCAGUGGUAGGUCUGUUUGCAUGUAGGGGACAGAACUGGAGAAGGGAGACCGAGGAAGGGGCUACUGCAAUGGUCCAGGCAGAACGCUGACCCAAACGAGGUUGGGGCCUGAAGUGGAUGGACUGGAGAGAGAUUUGAGACUACCUCGCCAGGGGCCUCUGUCCCCUAUGCAAAGGAGGACAGUGUGGACUAUCCAAUGAUCUGGCUCUCAGGCAAGGUUGCAGAGACUGGAAAAAAGAGCUGUGGGACCCAGGUGUGUGAUAUCCAAGGAUACGUCCCUCAGAUGAGGAAGCUCACCUGUCUGUAGCAUAAGAAUUAAGAACUUUUUCCAGGCUCAAGUACCAGGCAGACCGUGGACGUUGGCUCUGCAAGGCAGAGACCAUGACUGGUUGGGGGGAGUUUCCUUCCAGGAAAUGCAGGCCUGGAAGGGGGACACACACCCAGCGGUAGCUGAUUAUACAUUUAGAAGCAAAGAGUGUGGGAGGAGAGAGAUGGGGGCAGGCUAGUUCCUCUAGCAUGGCUCCCCUCUGCCUUCCCAACAGAGUGCCUGGAUCAUUCCCCACCCCCAUGCAGGAACAAUACUACUAUGGACAAAUGAUCACAUGUAUCUAGAAUUUAAAGUUAAAAUGUAGCUUGUCCAACACUGCCCAGCUGAGUCCACCAAUUUCCUGAGCCCAGGGAAUGCUCCUCCUCCUCCCAUGGCCCAUCCCCUGUGUGGCUUUGAGAAUGCCUUGCAUAUUUUUGAGACCAGGUUUCCUGGAACCAAAGUUCCAGGCUCCUGGAGCGUUUUCUCGAAGUAACUAUAGUCCUCAUACCAGGAUGCUCUCCUGUCUGCAUGCUGCCACAUCCAACCUGUGUCUGGGUUUAGCGGCAAAGAUAACAAAGGCCCCGAGUGUCUCCGUGUCUGGGGUCCCUUCCCUGCCAGGCCUCAGCUAAUGCCAAGCUUUCACAGCUCGUUCUGUGGGCACGUGUUGGGGGGAGUCCGAUAAAGGGGUCCUCCGAAAAGGGAUGUUUCUCUUCCAGGUUGAACCUGAGCGUGGCCUCUGCCUUUGAUUCUUCCCUGGUGCCUGUCCCCCUAUAUGCUUCACAAAAACAAGGAUGGGCAUCUGUGCUUGGUUGCUGCCAUGACCCGGCAGAGCGAUGCUGGGAACCCGGAGGGGCAGAGGGGGACCAACCCAGCCCCAGACCCCGCCUUCACAGAGCUCCAGGCCCAUGGGGGAAAUACAUGUUCCCUAAACAAUGGCACCCCAAAGUGGAGAGGGCUGGGAUAGGGGAAGCGCAGGGAAGACUGAUUAGGGCCUGUCUAAGCGCAAGGGACUUUGGGAGCCCAGAAUGGGCUCCUCACUGAGCCUGGCUUGGGAGGUGGCCUGAAUGUGGGGCCAGCUUCAUGGCAGUGUGACCUGUAGCGUCCCACCACAGCACCUCACGUUUGGAAGGGCCCUGUGCAUGGUUGAAUGCCCUGCUGUCGCCCUCAUGAAAUUCUUAAUAAUUUUUGAACAAAGGACUCCACAUUUUCAUUUCACACUGGGCCCUGCAUACUUGUGGGAUAUACAAAAAGAGCCAGGAGAGGAGAGGGUCUUCCAAGGAUAGAGAACACUGUGUGCAAAACACAAAAGGAAGAGAGGAUUGUACUCUUGAAGAGCUGGCUGAAGUUCUGUGUCGCUGGAGCACGGAGCGGAGGAUGGGGGAUAGGGAGGGGUGAGCUCAGGAAGCAGGUGGAUGUCAGCUGCCAGGCUGGCGAUCAGUGACACCAUUCCAGAGGCACUAAGGAACCAUGGCGGAGGGUCGGGGUCAGGCUUGGACUUCAGAAAGAUCCAUCUGUCUGUGGUGGGGAGGGUGGCUAGUGCCACAGGACAAAGAACAAGGUCCGGGUGGGAGGCUGGGCUGCCUGUGGAAAGGGUCAGAGUGUCCGGUCACUGUGAUGCAGGCUCAUGAAGAGCCUUGAAUACUUGGGUGACAGUCACCCAAUGCACCAGGAGACUGGCCAGGGAGACCCAAAGCCACAGGCUGAAUCCAGAGCUUCAUUUUCACUUGAAGAUUUUCACUGUUGGGGAGUGGGGUGCACAAGGGUGGGUUAAUGGGUGUCACCGGUAGGUACUUGAAAAUCUUUAUAUGAGAACUCACAUGGAUAGACUGAUGAAAGUGAAUACAAAAUUUACAAGAAUUUAGAGUAUAAAAUGUAAGACUUCAAAGGACUUUAUUCUGGGUAUAUUCUGGCUUCAACUCUGUGGAACCCCUGGAGGGCGAUUCCCUCUCCCCGGUCCUCCAGAUAAAACAUCAGAUCUUUCGGAACUUCCUCUUCAUCCAUAGCCCUAAACGCUGUGGGCCCUCUACCCCCACCCCCACCCCCCGGGGCUGGGAACUGACCCCCUUCCUGCUUCUCCACUCACCUCCUUCUGGGGUGGCCCCUCUCCACACGCCCCCAUGCUCCUGUUUUCCUUCUCUGCCGAAGACCCCCACAUCUCUGUCCCCAGCGCUGGCCCCUCCUCUAAACCUGGCUUCCCUCGGCUUCCUGGACAGCCCCCAGGCCUCUCACAUCCACCGGGUGCCACACUGGCCUUAGCUUCCUCCCAAACCUGCCCCUCUUCCCCAGGUCCUCUCAGGGCGACCCUCCACUCAGCCUCCUGGCAGCCCUCCCACCUAGCCUUCCUCCCUUCUCUGGCUCCACCUUGUUCUAGCUCCUGCCUCACCCACCUGGGUCCCUGCAUCUCCUCCCCCUGGAGUCCUGGCCUCAGUCUCCCACUCUGGUCCAGGGAAUCUUCGUAAAGCCAAACCUGACCCUCCUCUGCUUAAAACCCUCCAUGGCUCUCCUAGGUUCCUGGGACAAAGUUCUAGCUACUCAGUCUGGCAGUACAGGCCUUGCCCCUCCCCCACCUGCCCUCAGCUCCACCUCUAGCAUAUAUGUUCCCCACCUCAGGCUGGAAGGAAGGAAGUACUCCCUGAAAAGCCCACCCUUUUACACCCCCACGUUGUUCCUGUGCCCUGGGGGGAGCCUUCCUUCACUUCCUCUGCUUGUGUUGAAGAGCAGAGGAAGGAUCUUAAGCAGGUGAGAAAUGAAGCUUUGAAAGAAUUCCUUCUUGAAUUCUCCCUCUACCCUCCCUACCAAAGGCAAGGGUUCUGGGGGGAGAAAGGGGCUAGGGGUGCAGGUUCCUAGGACCUGGGAAAGAAGGGGCUGGAAACUGAAUCCAAGGCCUUUCCUUGUCUGGAGAGCCAGCCUGUCCUUCGUCCCGGAUCCUCCACAUAGGGUGCAACCCCAUUGUUCUCCAGCUCAGGACGUUCUGGAAGGAGGGGAGUCAUGUGGAAGCCAUUGUCUUUCCUUGGGCAACUCCGCCCCAUAGCCUCCAGACCUGCACAUCCAGCACAUCAUGUCCUCUCCUGCCUCUGUCACUUCCACGACCUAGGAGUUCAGGUCCCCAGUCCCCUCCUCCCUGAGACACAGAAGUCCAGUGUCUAUUUCUCUCCUUCCUCAGAAUCCAGGAGUCCAGGCUCCCGCUUCCCAGGACACCUAAAACUCAAGCCUGAAGGCUCUCUGCCCUUGGCAGGCUCAGGAGUCCUGUCUCGCUUUUCUUGGAAACCAUGGAAUUCUUGCCCUGCCCCCUUUGAUCUCUUAAUUCACUUCCCCAUAUCUGUCCCUCCCUUCUCUCUGUGAUGCUCCCCCUCUGUCUCUCCAUCUCUCCCAUCUCCCUGCCCCCACCCACAUAAUUGGGCCUCAUUACAAUCAAUGGCACCAGGUCAGACUGGAACCAGUGCUAAUGGGGACAUCCGGUGUGCUGAUGGGAGGUCUGGGCUCAGGCAUCUGGGACUAUAAAUACCCCCGCACUGUGGCCUCAGCCCAGCUCCUGCAGGUGAGACCUGCAGCCUUGCCUUUUUGCCUGGGCUCCGAGGCCUGAGCCCUUCUCUGGGAUUCCCCCUGUGCCCCCUUCUGCUCCUGCGGUGCAAGGGCUGAAGCAGACUGGCACUGAGAGACUGCUCCAGCCCAUAACUGUCCACCCUCUCCCCGGCCAUGGCUGCCCUUUCCUCUGCCCUGCUGUGCCUUGGUGCCCUGGGCUGCCUGUGGGGUGAGUGAUCCAUGGGGGAUGCAGAAGACUGGUGAGCUGCUCUGGAUCUGCAGCAGGGGACUGGUUGUGCUGGCUGGGGUUUGGGGCUGCCUGGCAUGGUUCUGUAACAGGGGAUUAGCCGCGGUGGAGCUUCUUGGGACAGGGCCCUGGCCCGCUGGGUCCAGGGACUGUUUGGGUAGACUCUGUGGCGGAGAAUUGGCCAAACCGGUUGUGGGAAGGGGGCUGAGCAGGCCUUUCUGGGACAGAUGGUUCAAAGGAAACAGCUUUUUUUUUUUUUUUAAAGAUUU